CGCGUGUGUGUCAGAACGGUCAGAACGGUAUUAAUAAAAAUAAGAGUAAAAAUGCUCAGUUUAGCUGCAAUUGAAUAUCACAGAAACAAAGUAUUUAUGAAAGACACACGAAGAUAUUUAAGAGACACAUUAGACCCUUUCGAUAUGCCGGAUGAAAGAUUCAGAGAAAUGUACAGACUGCCGCGAUGCUUAGCAUUAGAGUUUUUGGAUAUUAUAAAAGCAAAUUCGAAGGGUAAUCCAUGUCCGGAUAUUCCUAUGUCGGUCCAGUUUUGUUCGGUACUAAAUUUUUACGCCAGUGGAAGCUACCAGCGGCGGGUUGCUUCGGAUGCGUUUGCAAUGAUGUCUCAAUCCAAUGUGUCGAAGUGCAUUCGAGGCUACAGCUACGUUAUAACAACGAAACUUAUGGACCAGUUUGUGCAAUUUCCGGAUAACAUUGAGGGAGUUAAACGUCUUCAUGACGAACUACAACAGCAUGCAGAUUAUCCCGGUGCCUUUGCUUUUGUAGAUGGUUCGUUGAUUGCUCUCUCAGCAAUGUCGCAUCUCAUCGAACACGCCCAUGUCAGCCGAAAAUCAUAUCACGCAAUUAACACACAAUUCGUGUGUGAUAUCCGAAUGCGGUUUUUAAGUGUCAACGCUCGGUAUCCCGGCUCUACACAUGACUCUUUAAUAUGGAGAGCAUCUCUUGUAAAUUCUACAGUGCGGACAAUGUGUAAUGCAUCGGGAUCGGAUUGGCGUUAUUUCAUGCUUGCGGAUAAUGGCUAUCCCUUGCAACCGUGGUUAUUAAAGCCGUAUGAGACACCAAACACAACAGCUGCAAAACACUACAACAAACGACAUCGACAGCUUCGAUCGUUGGUUGAGCGAGCUAUAGGCCUACUCAAGGCAAGAUUCCGAUGCUUGCUGUCGGAACGGAAGUUACGGUACGACACAUUGAUGAGCGGCUACAUAAUUUAUUCUUGCACCGUCCUCCACAAUUUUUUAAUUGCAAGAAAUUACUCGGUAAACGAUAUUGAGCCCAUAUUCGAGGACAUGGUCCCUGACUUUGAAGAAAACUUUGAUGGUCCCGACAUCUCGUACGAUGAACUUCGACGUGGGAUUGAAGUACGCAAUAAUGUGGCACGAUACUUCACAAACAAUCAGCAACAUUGAACAAGAUUGGAGAUCUCUUCAACAAAAUUUUGAUUUUUUUUUAAACGACAACUUUUGGCAACAUCUUAAGUUGAAUAAGAUUGGAGAUCUCUUCAGCAAAAUUUUGCCAUUUUUUUUUAAACGACAACCUUUGGCAACUUCUCAAGUUGAAUAAGAUUGGAGAUUGCUUCAAUAAAAUUUUGCAUUUUUUUUUUCAACGACAAGUUGGCAACUAGUUGAAUAAGAUUGGAGAUUGCUUGAAUAAAGUUUUGUCGUUGAACGAAUUUGAGUAGCCACGAAAACAGUAAUUUGAAA